AUGGCGGCACGGGGCCCUGCUGAAUCGGAGAAGACGGAGGCGGGGAUGGGGGAGAAAGGGACGCAACCUCACCUGAAGGUGGCCGAGAAGGUCCGGACAUGGGCGGAUGUGGCAAAGGGCCCGUCGAGGGUGCCGUCCUGGACAAAUCACCAGAUCUCGGCGGCGGAGCUCGAUGCCCUGAAGCGGCGGUUCACGGACGUGGUGGAGUUCUCGCCGGAGAAGAUGGAAGUGGCCAGGGCGGCGUGGCGAGAUACGGCAGUUAUCAUGCGUAGUUUGGGCCGCCGCGUGCCGGUGGACUGGAUCAAGAAGGAGCUGCGGGUGGCCGGGAAACUUGAAUACGAUGCUGAGGAUUUCCUGAUGGCAGAGGAGACGGUUGUGUUUCGAUUCCAGAGUGAGAGGGAUCAGGAGGCUGUAAUGGAGGCUGGUCCGUGGCUGGUGGCUGGCCAGCUCCUAGCCAUGGAGCGCUGGCGGCCGAAUUUUGUUCCGGGGACUAACCAACUACGCCGAGCUGUUGUGUGGUUAAGGCUGCCCAAUCUUCCGACGGAAUACUGGACAAAGGAACUAAUUUGGGAGAUAGCAGCAAAAGCCGGGCGACCUCUGGUUCUGGACAGGGUCACCAACCAGGGCCGGAAGCUGGGAUUUGCUCGCGUCAAGGUGGAGCUGGAUGCCGGCAGCCCGAUCAGACCUGGGACCUUCAUCCAAGUAAGUUCUGAACUCCACUGGCAAAUAUUCCGCUACGAAAACCUACCUGGGUUUUGCUUCAAAUGUGCUCGGCUGGGGCACGGGGAGGGGACCUGUCCCUAUCCCACGACUCCGGCGAUGCCCGAAGUCCAGCGGACCGAAGGGGAUGCGUCUUCCCAGGCACCGAUCUCUGAGUCGGAGGAGGGGAAUGAGUCGGGGUGCCGACUCCCUUUUGGUCCAUGGCUGUCGACUACCAAGCUUCGGCCUCCCAAGGUCAACAAACCGGUGAAGAAGCCGGUCGAGCUGAAGGCGGAUCACACGCCGGUGCGGGAGCCUGGCGGGUCGGGGCUGCGAUCCCCCAAGGCUUCACCGAAUCCUUCCGUGUCGCCGUCAGACACGGAUGGAUGGCAGAAGCCAACCAAGUUGGCAAGGAGGCGGUCACCGGAGCAAGCUUCAACGGCGGUGAACGCCGGGAAGGCUCAACUCGGAGCAGACGCCGGGUCGGACUUGGUGUCUGCUGAGGGAAUGGGCCAGACAGCGCAGGUGGGCCAGCUGGGUUGGGCCGUGCCAGGGCGGGCCAAGAUGGUGGGAAUGGAUCCGGGCCCAAGCCCGAACCUUAUAUCCCAAGGAGGGCCGGGCCAAGAGGGAACGGGCCUGACUGGGGCCAAGGGGCCGGCCCACGGACUGGGAUCUAGCCCGAUGAAGAGGGCCAGAAGCCCGGCCAAGGCGAGACGGGGCUCGGGGGUGACUGAGCCGACUCAGCUCCCCCGUUCGGCGUCGUCGGCUUCACUCGAGGAUUCGCACCUACGCCGGCGAGAGGAGGGACGACGGCACUUCUGGAGUGCCUCCUUGCCGCCGGCGAGAGCCCCCACUCGGCUCGGGGCAGGCCGUGCUCAUGCUGCUGACCGGACGGCCGGGGUUCCGCUUGCUGAGGGCGGUGCAGACAGGCCGUGCAGGCUGGUGACGGAGGGCGUGACCCAGCGGUCGGGGGUGGCCGUGGCCACUGGCGGCGAGCCGGCUCUGGCCAAGGGAAAGGGACCGAAGGAGGCGCAGACGGCUACCUCUCAACCGCGGGAGGUGGCUUUGGCACAUGUGGAGGACCCCUUAUCAGGCCUGAGAAGGUUGGGGAAAUCGGAAAUGGGGGAAGGUUCCCUGCCAGCGACUACCAGAAACUCCCCUGUGGUGAUGAGAGGAGUUCAUGGGGGCUCGGGACAGGGUCCUAAUUCCCCUAUUCAGGAUCAUGGGCAGGUUGUGAGUCUGUUGCGGGCUGUGAUUCAGGAAGGGGUGGAGAAGCUAGGGAAAGUGGCUAGCGAGCAGCCCACGAUGCCUGGGCCUUUAACUGAUAGUGUUAAAUGA